UGAAUGGCGCAUGUGUGGUAUUUUUGUUGCGGCUGAAAUUUUUUUUUUUUUUUCUUUAUCUCUCGCAUACACACGAUCGCAUCUUUUUUGAUAUCGCGCGGUGAGUAUUAAAUAUAGUUUCUUUUUGCGGAAAAAAAAAAAUGGCUGCCGUAUUGGAUAAGGUUAAUAAGUCCGCGGAAAAAUUCGUGGACGAUGAAGAUGAUGAUGUCGUUGAAGAGGACGAUGAAACAGCGCCAGCAGAAGCAUCCAAAAAGAAAAAAAAGAAGAAAAAGAAGAAGAAAGCAGGAACUGGAGAUGGUAGCGCUGAUACUCCAGAAGGUAAUGAAAAUGGAAAAAGUGCCGAUGUUGCUGCAAAAGGUACGGAAGAAGUGACGGAAAAUGGUGCCGAAACUGAAGAGGCAAAGAAGAAAAAGAAGAAACGUAAGGCUAAAAAAGGUGCUGUUAAUCAACAGGAUUGUAUAUCAAUGCCGGUUUCUGAAUUAUUUCCCGAUGGCAAUUUUCCUGAAGGUGAAAUAAUGGAGCAUCCACCAGCAGCUGGUAUUGAUGAUCGAACAGCAAAAGAUCGAUUUUCAAGUGAAGAAGCUCGUGCUCUUGAUCGAAUGCAUAAUGAUAUUUAUAAUGAAGCAAGACAAGCUGCUGAAGCACAUCGACGAACACGAAAGCAUAUUAUGAAUUGGGUAAAACCGGGAAUGACAAUGAUUGAAAUUUGCAAUGAACUUGAAGACACUGCAAGAAGAUUAAUUGGAGAGAAUGGAUUAAAAGCAGGUUUAGCAUUUCCAACAGGUUGUUCAAGAAAUCAUUGCGCCGCUCAUUAUACACCAAAUGCUGGUGAUCCAACAGUUCUUGAAUAUGAUGAUGUGACGAAAAUUGAUUUUGGUACACAUAUUAAUGGCAGAAUUAUUGAUUGUGCAUUUACAUUGUCAUUUAAUCCAAAAUAUGAUAAGCUCAUUGAGGCUGUACGUGAUGCUACAAAUACAGGUAUUAAAACAGCUGGUAUUGAUGUUCAAUUAUGUGAUGUUGGUGCUGCAAUUCAAGAGGUGAUGGAAUCAUAUGAAAUUGAAUUAGACGGCAAAACUUAUCAGGUAAAAUCGAUUAGAAAUUUGAAUGGACAUUCAAUUGCGCCAUAUCGGAUUCAUGCGGGAAAAACAGUACCAAUUGUAAAGGGUGGCGAGGCAACGCGAAUGGAGGAAAAUGAAUUUUAUGCAAUUGAAACAUUUGGCUCGACAGGAAAGGGAAUUGUUCACGAUGAUUUGGAUUGCUCGCAUUAUAUGAAGAGUUUUGAUGCUGGAUUCGUUCCAUUAAGACUUCAGAGUAGCAAAUCUCUUUUGAAUACAAUUAAUAAGCAUUUCAGUACCUUGGCAUUUUGCAAACGUUGGUUGGACCGAGUUGGCUGCACCAAGUAUCAAAUGGCUCUCAAGGAUUUGUGUGACAAGGGCGCAGUUGAGGCUUAUCCUCCAUUAGUUGAUGUGAAAGGAUGUUAUACUGCUCAAUUUGAGCAUACUCUGGUACUUCGUCCCACAUGCAAGGAAGUAAUUUCGAGAGGAGACGAUUAUUGAAACAACAACAGUAUGUAAAAUAUGAAUGAAUUUCAACUUUAUUACUAAGAAAAAGAAAAAAAAAAACAACUGAUUUUAUAUAUAUAUUUUUUCUCGUUCUAUAAUUCAUAUUUUUUCUGUGGAACAGAAGUAAAUUUAGCCAAACAUUUUUUUUUGGCUGCUUUUUAUAAGUUCUUUCUUGGAAAUUGUAAUUACAAUAAUUGUUAUGUGAUUUUAAAAACACACACAGAAAACUGCAUAAUCGCAAAAAAAAAUUGAAAAAAAAAUGUUUUAUUAUAAUCAUUUUGCAAAUUAAUAUUGCAAAAUUCUCGAGAGAAAAAAAAAACCAGAAAGGUGCAUUUAGGACUUGAAGUUCUAUUUCUUUUUUUUUUUCGUCGAAGAAGAUUACAAUAUUUACAAUGAACAUUGAAUAAAAAUAUAUUUGAAAAUUUA